AUGAAAUUGAAACAAUUUUUCAUAGUAGCAGUCAAACCAAUUAAAAUAAACAAAACUUUAGAACGUUUAGGAAAAUUGCCUUCAAAAUAUCUAUUAUCUCCAGUCUUAAAAGAAUAGAACGAUAUAAACCCUUAAGAAUUAAAAGAAUAAACUGGUUUAGAUUUUCAAUAUUAAUAUUAACCAAAUAAAGUUGGUAGAUAGAAUCAUUAUUUUUUGACUUAAGAGUAAUAUAAAGAAUUUGCAUAUAAAAAUCCUCAUGGGAAAGUUCAUAUAUUUAAUUACUAAGAUGUAAAUUUCACAUUGGCAGGAUCAUAAUGGGAACAUAUACCAAUAAAAAAUCUAUAUAAACUCUUAUUAUUUUCCAGACCAUCAUUAAUUAUGCUUUAAAUGAAACCUGAUCAAAUACUUAAAGGUUUUGAUUAUAAAUUUAAAUCAUCAAAAGAUUAUAUCAAUUAAAUUAUCAGAAAUCCUGAUGAGAUUAUGCCUGCUGGAUAUCAUGAAAAAAUAGCAGAAGCCUUAUAACAUGAUAAAUUGGAAUUUUUAGAAUAUGAACCUUAUAUAAAUAAAGAAAGAAUUGAUUAUGAUAAAAUAGCCACUAUUUCAUAUUUUGCCAAAAAAUUUAAUGCAAAAAUAAUGUUAGCUGAUAUUCCAGCUCUCAUUUUCAGAGAAACCCUAUGUAAUUAAUUAACAUUACCUUAAUUAUAAUAAUAUUUUUAAAUUGCAUGUAUGGCAACACCUUAAAAUCCAGAUAUUAUUCCAAAUACUCCUAUGAAUGUUGCAUAUUAAAUAUUACCUCAUAUAUUUUUAAAAAGAUCAGAUGAAUUCAUGACUACUUUAAUAGAGUAUUUGGCAGCUAAAAAAUCAUACAAAAGAGUUUUUGGUAUAUUAGGCAAUAUGUAAUCUGAUGCUAUUGUAAAUUUAUUAGAUAAUAAAAGUGCAUCUCAUUUAAGAUAUGAAUUGGAAAUACCUAAAAUAAAGAAAACUCUAUUCAAAGAUUUAACAUGUGAAGAUUUAAUUGAAAGACAUGCAAUAUUAGAUGUGAUGUAUUAUGGGGAUAUAGAAGAAGAAAUUGAUCCUGAAUAAUAAGAUUAUUAUUUUCCAGAAACUAUGGCUAUUAUUGAUAAAUAUGCUGAUCCAUAAUUUAUUGAUAAAACUAGACCAGCAUAAAUGAGAUAUUUACAUUUAGAAAUGCUUAAAAAAUAUUCUAUAUUCCAACAAAAAUAUUAUAAAAUGGGAAAAUCAAAAUUAAAAGAAGAAUAUAUGGAAAAAGCCAAUUUAGUAUGA